CUGACCCUCGUCCCCUCCUCUCCCCGCCCGCGGCGGCGGCUGUUGUCACCCACGGGGCAGCCUGUCCCGCUUGCCCUCACCGCCGCGGGGCUUGCAGGGCCGGCCSGGCCGGGGACAGGCGGCCACCUUCUCACCGCUGCUAUCACCACCGCCAUGCUGGCCGCUCGCCCACCCCACUGGGGGCCCCAGCGCGCCCCAGCCCCCCGUGGGCCCCGCGCCAGCCCUGACCCGGGUCUCAGCGGCGGUGGCAGCCGAGGUGCAGGAUGCGAGAAGGCGCCCCCCGGCCGGGCUCCCGCUCCAGGCCUCGCACCCCUGCGGCCCUCUGAGCCCACCAUGGCCGUCCCACCAGGCCAUGGUCCCUUCUCUGGCUUCCCGGGGCCCCAGGAGCACACACAGGUACUGCCUGAUGUGCGGCUACUGCCUCGGAGGCUGCCCCUGGCCUUCCGGGACGCAACCUCAGCCCCGCUGCGCAAGCUCUCUGUGGACCUCAUCAAGACCUACAAGCACAUUAAUGAGGUGUACUAUGCCAAGAAGAAGCGGCGGGCCCAGCAGGCGCCACCCCAGGACUCAAGCACCAAGAAGGAGAAGAAGGUCUUGAACCAUGGUUAUGACGAUGACAACCAUGACUAUAUUGUGCGCAGUGGCGAGCGCUGGCUGGAACGCUACGAGAUUGACUCUCUCAUUGGCAAAGGCUCCUUUGGCCAGGUGGUGAAAGCUUAUGAUCAUCAGACUCAGGAGCUGGUGGCCAUCAAGAUCAUCAAGAACAAAAAGGCCUUCCUGAACCAGGCCCAGAUUGAACUUCGACUGUUGGAGCUGAUGAACCAGCAUGACACAGAGAUGAAGUACUACAUAGUCCACCUGAAGCGGCACUUCAUGUUCCGCAACCACCUGUGCCUGGUGUUCGAGCUGCUGUCCUACAACCUGUACGACCUCCUGCGCAACACACACUUCCGAGGCGUCUCACUGAAUCUGACCCGGAAACUAGCGCAGCAGCUCUGCACGGCGCUGCUCUUCCUGGCUACGCCGGAGCUCAGCAUCAUUCACUGCGACCUCAAGCCAGAGAACAUCCUACUCUGCAACCCCAAGCGCAGUGCUAUCAAGAUUGUGGACUUCGGCAGCUCCUGCCAGCUUGGCCAGCGGAUCUACCAGUAUAUCCAGAGCCGCUUCUACCGCUCACCAGAGGUACUCCUGGGCACGCCCUACGACCUGGCCAUUGACAUGUGGUCCCUGGGCUGCAUCCUUGUGGAGAUGCACACGGGAGAACCCCUCUUCAGCGGCUCCAAUGAGGUGGACCAGAUGAGCCGCAUUGUGGAGGUGCUGGGCAUCCCACCGGCCCCCAUGCUGGAGCAGGCACCCAAGGCUCGCAAAUACUUUGAGCGGCUGCCUGGGGGUGGCUGGACUCUACGAAGGACAAAGGAACUCAGGAAGGAUUACCAGGGCCCCGGGACACGGCGGCUGCAGGAGGUGCUGGGCGUGCAGACGGGCGGGCCCGGGGGCCGGCGGGCGGGGGAGCCGGGCCACAGCCCCGCCGACUACCUCCGCUUCCAGGACCUGGUGCUGCGCAUGCUGGAGUAUGAGCCCGCCGCCCGCAUCAGCCCGUUGGGGGCUCUGCAGCAUGGUUUCUUCCGCCGUACGGCCGACGAGGCCACCAACACGGGCCCGGCAGGCAGCAGUGCCUCCACCUCGCCCGCACCUCUCGACACGUGCCCCUCCUCUAGCACCGCCAGCUCCAUCUCCAGCUCUGGAGGCUCCAGUGGCUCCUCCAGUGACAACCGGACCUAUCGCUACAGCAACAGAUACUGUGGGGGCCCUGGGCCCCCCAUCACUGACUGUGAGAUGAACAGCCCCCAGGUCCCACCCUCCCAGCCGCUGCGCCCUUGGGCGGGGGGUGAUGUGCCCCACAAGACACAUCAAGCCCCUACCUCUGCCUCGUCACUGCCGGGGACAGGGGCCCAGUUACCCCCUCAACCCCGAUGCCUUGGCCGUCCCCCAUCACCAACUUCGCCACCACCCCCGGAGCUGAUGGAUGUGAGCCUGGUGGGCGGCCCUCCAGACUGCUCCCCACCUCACCCAGCGCCUGCCCCCCAGCACCCGGCUGCCUCAGCCCUCCGGACUCGGAUGACAGGAGGUCGUCCACCUCUCCCACCCCCUGAUGACCCUGCCACUCUGGGGCCUCGCCUAGGCCUUCGUGGUGUACCCCAGAGUACAGCAGCCAGCUCAUGACCCUGCCCUCUCCCUGGGGCCCCUCCUGAAGCCAUACCCUCCCCCCAUCUGGGGGCCCUGGGCUCCCAUCCUCAUCUCUCCCCUUGACUGGAAUUGCUGCUACCCAGCUGGGGUGGGUGAGGCCUGCACUGAUUGGGGCCUGGGGCAGGGGGUCAAGGAGAGGGGGUUGGCCACACUCUCCCCACUGAGGACUGGACCCUUGACCCCCUAUCCCCCCUUGUUUUCUAUUUAUUGUACCAAAGACAGUGGUGGUCCGGUGGAGGGGAGACCCCCCUCAUCCCAGGGCCCUAGGAGGGGGUGGGGGCAGGUAGGGGGAGAUGGCCUUGCUCCUCCUUGCUGUACCCCCCAGUAAAGAGCUUUCUCACAUGCCUGCCUGAGCGUUUGCAGGGCCUUGGUUCCCCUCAUCUGGCCCUUAGAGGCAUGGUGGGGAAGGGAGGUGGGGGGUGCCAGAAGAGCUUUGUGGUGUGGAUACAUCUCUUCUGGAGACAUUAGGGAUGUUGGUUCAGUCUUGGGGCUGCAGAAGUUCUGGGGCUGCUAUGGAAUCCUAGACAAAUCUGGAUAGGAUCCUAUCCCACAUUUGCCUUUUCCAGGGCAAACUAAGGCCCUGAAAGGUAAAGGCCCCCUUCUCUUCUGUCUGGAAAAUACCAUGUUAUGCUCUCAUAAGCCACAGAAUAUACAGGCGGGUCUCCUUAUGCUGGGCAGCCAUCGGUACGUGCUGGGUGUACUUAGCAGGCCCUGUUAGUGCCACCUGAGGGACAGGCAGGCAAUAGGUACAGACUUCACCCCGUCCAUGUCUGGUUUCCCCCUUUGGAAUCAUUGCGAACAAAGCAUUUUUGAGAGUCUCAGGCAAAAAGAUAUUCCCUGGGUUCCAGGUAAGUGGUCUUGUUCCCCGGCAAUUUGGAAACGUCUGUCUCAACUGGCCAAUCAGGAACUUCCUGGUUCACAAAGGGUACGUUCUCCUACUGCUGGGGCGUGGUGUUUCCUGGGAAAUGGAGUUCUAGGACGUAGUUUCUUUAUCCAUUUUUCGUUGGGAAACUACGAAGACCAGAAUUCUCCGCUCACGCGUGGGGGCGGGACUUGAGGCAGCCAAUCAGCAGUCGGGGUUGUUCUGGCGCCUGGUAGAGGCAGGCAGUAGAGGUGAAGGAAGCCGUGAUUGGGGCGUUUGGGCAGUUCUCUGCGUAGGUGUGUGGCUGGCGGGCAUGCGGAAGGUGGGUCCCUCGUCACAGCGUGCAGGUGAUGUGCUCGCGGUUCUGGAGCAGGAGGUAGGCGCUGAGGCCUAAAGCGGCCCUGUCACGAGAGCCAUCACUGGUUAUUGUGACUAGGCGGCUUGCGGGAAGCUCCUGUCGGAAGACAGGCCAGGACAUCCUUGCGGACCUGUGCCUGUUCAUCCUGGAACGCGGUGAGAACCGGAGGAGGCAGAGUAGGGGGCGCUUCCAGGGAGAGUAGGAGCUGAGCUAAGACCUGCAGACAGAAGGAUGUGUUGGGGGUCAGUCCCCUGGAAUGGCAUGCGCAAAGGUAGUCCUGGAAAGAACCUGUUUUUUAUAUUUUGGUGGAGAUCGUUUUGAAAGUUCUGAAUGAAUUAACUCAUGRGACAUUUUCUUGACCAUCUAGAGAGCUGGCCUUUGUCCUGAGAACAAGAAGUCACUACAGGAUUUUUAGAAGUCAGGGAGCAUGCUUCAGUUUUGUUGCGAUCUGGGAAUAGAUUGAUAGCAAAGAGGCUGGGGUCUGGCAGUCUCUGUAACAGGUUCCUAGGCAAGAGAGAUCCUGGAUGGAUCAGAGCAGGGGCUAUGAUAGGGAGGGAAGGAUGGAGAUUGGUAGGAGAGAAAUCCAGAAGGUUGAGUUGGCAGGUUUGUGGAAGAGGUAGAGGGGCUGGGGAAGGGGUAUCUCCAGCACGUGAAACAGAUUGUAGAUUCCCAAUUAAAUUUUUCCUUAAUUUUUUUCCUCUCUCCAGUACUGGGAAUUGAAUGCUUUACCACUGAACUAUACUCAGCUCACUCAGUAAAAAUAUUUAGAAUUAACAGUAUUUGGAGACAGGUGCUAUUGUCAUCUUCCCUUUGCAAAUAAAGGUACAGAAAAUAGAGGUAGUUAAGUAAUUUGCCCAAGAUCACAGAGCUAGGAAGUGAGUCAGGUUGUGUGUGAGUGUGUGUGUGUGUGAGAGAGAGAGAGAGAGAACCCUUGACUUUAAGGUGCCAGAUGAACCUAGGGACAUCAGAAGGGGCCAGAUCAUGUAGGUCCAUGAAGAAUUUGAGAUAGGCACAGAAAUGUAUGUCUCACAUUUCUGUUUCCAGCCCAGAACCACUCCCCUGAGCUCUUGACCAACUGUCUACCUCAUACCUCCUUGUUUUUCUGGAGGUAUCUCCAAAGUCAUCUUUAUCAAAUUGAACUCCUGUGGUAGCACCUUGAUGGUCUUCCUGCUCCUAUUCAAUCUGUUUUUCACAUGUUCAAAGGGACUCUGAACAUCUGCAUUGGUCCUAUCCCUCCCCUACUCAGAACCCUUCCAUGGCUCCAUCUCACCCAUGGUAAAUGCCAGAGUCCUCUCCAUGGCCUGUAAGGCCCUGCACAGUCUGCCUUCAUCAUCUCUGUGACAUGGUGGACUAUCAUCACUCACUCUGCUCCAGCCACACUGGCCUCAGGACCUUUGCACUUGCUGUUCCCUUUGCCUGGAAGACUCAUGUCCCAGAUUUCCCAUACUCAUUCCUUCACCUCCUUUAGUUUUUUACUCAGAUAAUACUUUCUUCUUGAGAUCUUCCAUGACCAUCCUUCAAAAAUUAUACCACUGACAUCCAUUUUUCCUUAUGUUAAUCAUAUCACUGUUUAUCACACUGUACAAUUUAUCUUGUUUAUUGACACCCCUCCCCCCCAUACCAUCAGCUUCAUGAGGGCAAGCCUUUGAUUAUCUCUUUCAUGCUUUAUCUCCAAACCCAAGAGGAGUGGCUGUGCACACAGCAGGACUCACUACUCAGAYUGAGCCAUUUUCAGAGCGUAGAUCUGGAUCAGAGUAUCGGGGCCAUCCCUGCACAACUCAAAGGGUCCACCUUAAACUUUUCUGAGGGCUCAACACGUUUAGCAGACGUUUAUCUUGCCUCUGCUUUAAGCUCAGUGUUGGGAACACAGCAGAGGACAAAGUAGUUUCCCCAAAGAACCCAGUCUCAGGGAUGAGGGUUCAAAUGGUAAUCUCACAAAUGUGGAAUCACAAAGAAAGGGAGAGGAUGCUGUGAGCCCCUGAUAGGAAAUCUGGUCUGGAUCCUAGGAAGAGGUUUGAGGCUGUGCAGGAGUUUGACUAAUUCCAUGGACAGUGUGUGUGAUGUUUGGACCUAGAGGCUAUGUUUGGGUUGUUUUUGUUUUGGGGGAUUGAACUCAGGGGCACAUCCCCAGCCCUAUUUUGUGUUUUAUUUAGA